AAUCAUAGGUAUUUGGAUACGUUGUAAGUUACUUAUAAGUUACAACUUACAAACAUUCGUCGUGUCCAAAUCCCAAUACCACUCUCCCACUGCAACUCUUUCCAAACGACUACUGGUUUAGCUAAAUAGAUAAUAGGAAUUAGGUGUUGAAUUCCAAAUAAAUGAAAGUCCAUCAGUAAUUUAUUUUAAAAAAUUAGGUCACUAGUGUACAUAACUUUGUUUUAAAAUCAUGGAAAACACUAAAAAGGCUCUGUCGUCUAUACCUCUACUGAAAACAAAAGCUGGUCCCCGGGAUGUUGAUUUAUGGCCACAAAGACUCAAAGAAGAAUACCAAUCUCUAAUUCAAUAUGUUCAAAAUAAUAAAGCAGCUGAUAAUGAUUGGUUUCGUCUAGAGUCGAAUAAAGAAGGAACUAAAUGGUUUGGAAAGUGUUGGGUGUUUCAGAAUCAGUUAAAAUAUGAGUUUGAUAUUGAAUUUGAUAUUCCCGUUACAUUCCCUUCUACAGCACCUGAAAUUGCAUUACCUGAACUUGACGGUAAAACUGCCAAAAUGUAUAGAGGUGGCAAAAUAUGUUUAUCUGACCAUUUCAAACCACUGUGGGCUAGAAAUGUACCAAAGUUUGGUAUCUCUCAUGCUUUAGCACUUGGUUUGGGCCCAUGGUUGGCUGUUGAAAUCCCGGACUUAAUAUCGAAAGGAGUGAUUCAAUAUAAGGAAAAAGAAGAAAAUAAUUAAUUUAAUUUUAAUUAAAGAAAAGUGAUUUUAAAAUAUUUUUUGAGAGCUAAAGUGAUACUUUUUAUAUUUUAUGAUAUUUAUUUUAAAAUAAAUAUUAGCUAUUAGACACUCAAAAAAAAAAAAUAUAUAUAGUUAUUAAUAUUAUUUAAAUAAAAUAUGUUAAAAAUUAACUGAAUUUAAAUUUUUAAAUGUCUAAUAUUAAUUAUACGUGAUAAAAUAUGUCUUAAAAUAAUAUACAACAUUAUUAUUAUAUUAUUUAUUAAAUCUUUAAAAAUUAUUAAUACAUUGAAAAAUUGUUAAGUAUUUAUUCUACUUGUGUAUUAAAAUAAUAUAACUAUAGUUUAA